AUGGCCCAAGCGAUCAGAGACACCCCGGCCGGGCAGUUCCUACGGUUUGUAGGAUUCGGCUCGUGGCUGGCCUAUCCAGAGGAAGUCGAAGGUUUCGAACCUCAACAGAUGCCCACGGUGGCAGAAGAAGUCUCGACCCCAAGUGAGGAGGACCUCGAGAAGACACUGUCCAGAAUCUCGGCCAAGAUCGGCACCACAGAGGGAGAAAUCACGAACAAGCUGUCGGAAAAAGAACUUGCCGAUGUCAUCGUGGUUUCCUUCACCAAAGACGACCAAGGCAAUCCGAGAAACUGGUCACAGGCGAAGAAGACCUGGACCUUGACGCUCAUCAACACCUACACUUUCGUCGUAUACCUCGCGUCCUCGAUCAUCACGCCUGACGCGGAAGCCAUCAUGCAACGUUACAAUGUGUCCAUCGUCGUGGCAAGUCUCGGCCUGUCAAUGUACGUCGUCGGUUAUGGCAUCGGUCCCAUGUUCUUCUCUCCGCUCAGCGAAGUGCCUAGCAUUGGCCGGAACCCACCAUACCUGUACUCGUUUCUGGUCUUUGUCGUCAUGUCCAUCGCAUUGUGCUUUGUGGACAACUUCGCGGGCCUGAUUAUCCUUCGAUUCCUUCAAGGCUUCUUUGGCAGCCCAUGUCUGGCCAGUGGUGCUGCAUCCAUCGAGGAUGUAUAUGACAUGUAUGGCGCCCCAUACGGUUAUAUCUUCUGGGUGGCAUCCAUGUAUUGUGGCCCUGCUUUCGGUCCUCUGUUGGGUGGAUACGCCGUCGUGGACAACUGGAGAUGGCCACUAUACGAGACCGUCAUCAUGGCUGCCAUUAUCCUCCUUCUGCUUCCUUUCCUCCCGGAGACAAACCCAGACACCAUCCUCCUGAACCGAGCCCAACGCCUUCGCAAGGUCACCGACAACAAACUAUUCAUGGCGCCGUGCGAACUGAAGACCAUCCCGUUCGGUGCUGCGCUGAAGGAAGCCAUGGUUCGGCCCUUGGAAAUCAGUAUCAAAGAUCCCGCCAUCGGAUAUGCGUGCGUGUACGGCGCCAUCGUAUAUGCGACCUACUAUUCCUUUUUCGAGGCGUUCCCACUGGUGUAUCUUGGCACUUACCGAAUGUCCCUCGGCGCAAUGGGCCUGGUCUUCACAAGCUGUGUCAUCGGUUGCAUGUUUGCAGUCAUCUGCUAUUUCUACUACCUCCGGUACUUCUUCAUUCCCCGCGCAAAGAAGCAUCAUGAGCAGAAGGGCGAACCGGUGCAACAAGAACAAUGGCUCCGUCCGGGCUUCGUCGGCGCCUGGGGUCUGCCUGUUGGCCUGCUCAUCUUCGCGUGGACGGCUCGUGCCGACAUCCACUGGAUCGUACCGACUAUCGGCAUCACCAUAUUCGCAGCGACGUCUUUCUGGAUGUUCCAGAGCCUGGUGUGCUAUGUCGCGCUGACGUACCCUCGAUAUGUGGCCUCGCUAUUUGCGGCGAACGACUUCACCCGGUCAUUGACGGCAGCGGGCUUUGUGCAAUUCUCAAGACAGAUGUAUGUCAAUCUGGGGAUCAACAAGGGAGUCUCGCUCGUGGUGGGGCUGUCGGUCAUUGGCAUCAUCGGCAUGCACGGCCUGUACCAUUUUGGGGCUCUCUUGAGGGCGAGAAGCAAGUUUACUGGUUGA